GGUAAAUUCUGUCCUAUCUUAUCGAGAGAACGGGGAGUAAAGCCUGGAUCGGGGAGUACAUGGAUCAGGGAGAGGGAAGCAGAGCGUGAGCAGAGCGCCGGCUUGGAACGCGGGCAAACACAAUGUUGAGGCUGUUCGUCCAGUCUCUGGCGAUUCUACUUCUCGUUCUGCUCCUCCUCGCCAACUUCGUGGUCGUGAAGAGCGCGGAGGCUGUGACCGUUCUCUACAGGAAGAUCAGCAGGCAAUGAAGAUGCCGGGGACGGGACUGGACAGGAGAUGCUGCAUUACUGCCUGCCUCACAUCGCCCACCACUUCAGCAGACAGCUGCCGAAACGCAACAGAGCAAAAUUCCAAGUGCUGUUGGCCCUGUUUGUGAGCGGCUUCCUCUUGCCACAGUUGUCCGUGCUCGCUCGACCGAGGUCAUCGAGAUAUUGUAACCAGCCCCUCCUCCACAAUCUGACCACUUACAUCAUCUUCACUUUCCUGAUGACAGGAUUCACUUUCCUUUUGACGCUGAUGGAUCCGAUUCCCUGCAAGCUGAGAGCGGCCUUUCAUACAUUUGGAGUUGGAUCAUUUCUACAAGGUGCCUUAACCACCUCAUUCACCAUUGCUGCCCCUCAGUGUGCAAUCACCACUCCAGAGCUCUACUACCUGUCCCUUGUGCUGUCUGUACUGAGUGUGCUCGCUACAGUGUUCAUCGUGUUCCUGAUCCCAUUCCGGAUGAUCAACGGUUUCCAUCCUGGAACGCUUUUAACUCCAGGAUCACGCGCUGGAAACCGCCACAAACCGGUCGCGGGCUGCCCGUGCUGCUGGUACAUUUAACGAAGGCAUUGGUGAAUCCCACACAUGAAUGAAUAAUGCAUUUGGUUGCUGUGCAACAGAAGCUUCUGGAACAUUCCGCUGCACGAGUUCACACGCUAUUCCAGUGGAAACAGCCCGAGCUGAGUUGGUCAAAAGACUGAAAUGGAUUUGUUGUCAGUAUUUGCUUUGUAGGUUUAACGUGGUGGACGGCUUAGAACAGUUCUGUUGGUAGACUGUUGGUUCCCUGCAUUAGACAGCGUGGAGGGCAUUUCUAAUCCAUUUAAUUGUACAGCAGCAGUCGACAUGAAUUGUUGCUGUGUUCUCUUAUGUAAAGUGGAACAGGACAUUUAUUUACUGAUAGGUUUUAUACACAGCUGUUUAACCCUUUGUGACCUUUACACAUAACGUGAUGUGCUGAGUACGGAGGCCAAUGCAAGUCCCAAGGCUAGACCGAGACCGACCCCGACCCCCCAACCCUGCAAAACACCUGCAUUUUACAGCAAAGAUAGACACCAAAUGCUGGAGUAAAGGGCAACACGGUGGCGCAGCGGUACAGUUGCAGCCCUACAGCACUUGCAGAGCUGGAGACCCAGGUUCGAUCCCGACUACGGGUGCUGUCUGUACGGAGUGUGUAUGCUCUCCCCGUGACCUGCGAGGGUUUUCUCCGAGAUCUUCGGUUUCCUCCCACACUUCAAAGACACACAGAUUUAUAGGUGAAUUGGCUUGGUAUAAAUGUAAAUUGUCCCUAGUGUGUGCAGGAUAGCGUCCAUAUGUGGGAUCGCUGGUCGGCGCGGACUAUGUGGGCCGAAGGACCUGUUUCCACGCUGAAUCUCUAAACUAAACUUAGCGGGUCAGGCAGGAUCUCUGGAGAGAAGGAACAGGUGACGUUUCGGGUCGAGACCCUUGUGCGUUCUUCAAAUGAGUCUGAAGAAGGGUCUCGACCCGAAAUGUCACUUAUUCCUUUUCUCCUGCCGAGUUACUCCAGCGUUUUGUGCCUUAUCUUUGGUGUAAACCAGCACCUGCAGUUCCUUCCUACAUUGCAUUUAUACAGAGCCUUUCAAGAAAUGCUGAAGCAUUUUCCGACCAAUGAGGACCAUGCUUCUCAUACAUGGAAACAGGCCAUUCGGCCCACUGAGGCCUUGCCGACCAGUGAGCUCCCUUCUUUCAGCACCUGGCCCAUUGCCUUCAAUGCCUAGGUGAUUGAAGUGCGCGGAUAGACAUCUUGUGAAUGUCGUCAGCGACUAGGCUAUCACUGUUCUCCACAGUUGUAUGUUCCACUUACUCGUCCCCCUCGAGUGGAAAUUACCCACUUCCGACCCACCU